CAGCAGAGGGGAGGGAAAUGUUUUUGCAGCCAGAGCAUUGCACUCAUCGAAGUUACACAAACUUGACCGGGACACUUGGGUACGGCUGCACAUUUGUUCAGGCCCUUUUCUCCACUUUAUAGUCAGACGAGUAGGAAGGCAGCCUCUUGUGUGGAAUACCACGCUUGGCUUUGCUUCACUAUCCAAAUUUACCAAAGCAGCACAGAAGGCAACUGCAAGGAACACCAUUCAGGAACAAGGUGCCAGGGCAGCAUUGCUUUCAAGUGCAUUUCAUGUUUUUCUUCUUCCCUUUUGCAAAGGCUUCUGUCUACUUUAAGAACUGAAGAACUGAAAGAUAUUCAGCAAGGGAAAUUGAUUGUGUCCUUACAUCUCCUUUUUGGAAUAACACUACACUUGUUAAAGGUAAAGUAAUAUGCAGAUGGAAACGUUGUUCAGGCUCUUUUUUUUCUGGAAGGUGUUUUCUUCAACAGUCCUUGGAUUCCCAAGUGGGAAGAUUAGCGGGUCGUGUGAUUCUAUGUUACCCAGCCACAGAAAUGCCAUUCCACAGACCUCUCCACCACCGUAUGCUAUCUCCGUUUCCAACACAUCAUUUGCUCCAAGAGAUGAAAUCAUAGUUUCCCUAACUGGACUCAAUGGCUCCAGCUUUAAAGGAUUUCUUCUCCAGGCUCGAACACCUGGAGGAGACUCUGCUGUUGGAAGCUUUCGAAUCCUAAGUCCUGACACACAAGGUCUUGAAUGCAAUAAUAUUCAGAAUUCUUCGGUGAGUCACACAAAUCGUCUUGACAAGCAAAAUGUAACAGCAGUUUGGAUUGCGCCUCCUGGUGUGAGGCAAGUUGCAUUCAGAGCAACAGUUGUACAGAAUUAUACCACGUUCUGGUCUCAGAUUCAAAGCCACUUGCUUGUAUCUUCCGAUGAAUCAUUUGUUUCAACAUUACCCAGUUUCACACAGAGUACCAGUCCUUCUGCAACAGUCUCUACAGAAGCAGGAUGUGGUACAAAUAAAUUCUGUUUCAGUAACCCUGAGGGGUGCAGUCCGCAAGAUCCAAACUGUUACUUCAUGUCAUCUGAAGCAUUAGGGACCUCUGCAUUCAAAUUUGAAAUGAGCGGUUCAUCAGAUGGCUAUGUAGCUAUUGGUUUUUCUGAUGACACAAUUAUGGGGGAUGAUGACAUCUAUAGUUGUGUUAGAAAUGCCACAGAUCAUAUAGAAGUUCAACAUGCCUUCUCAACUGGGCGUACUAGACCUAGCCCUCUACCUCUGGGUGAAGUGGAAAUUCUAUCAACAUCCUUUAACAAUGGAAUCGUCAGGUGUUCUUUCAUUUCAAGAAAUGCUAUAUCAACCCAGCCAAGAAAUGCUGGCAGUUUAUACUACAUAUUUUUGGCUUUUGGACCAUCGUCAGCUGGCCAGAUACUAAAGCAUACUAGGAGACCUUUCAUUACGGAUCAGAAGGUGAACAUUUCAAGCUUCCAGUCUCUAGGAGGUACCUCUUCUAUAUCCUCGAUUAUUAAGGCUCAUGGUGCUCUCAUGCUGAUUGCUUGGAUGACCACAGGGAGUGUAGGAAUGAUUUUUGCCCGGUACCUGAAGAAGUCAAUCAAAAGAACUCUUCUGGGUAAAGACAUUUGGUUUCAGAUACAUUCUUUGCUCAUGUUGCUGACUGUGGUGGCAACAUCAAUUGCUUUCAUACUGAUCUUUUCAGCAGUAAAAGGAUGGAGUUAUGAUGCAGGCGCUCAUGCUGUUAUCGGAUGCAUUGUCAUGAUCCUUUCAUUCUUUCAACCUGUGAUAGCAUUUUUUCGACCUUCUCCUCAAAAUAAUCGGAGGUUUGUUUUUAAUUGGUUUCACAUGCUAAAUGCAUUAGUCAUCAAAGUUUUGGCAGUUGCUGCCAUAUUUCUGGGCCUGCAAAUGCUCAGCAAUACUUCUAACCAGUGGAUGGUGAAAACAAUGGGAGGCUUUGUAGGCUGGGAGGCUCUAAUAGCCAUUACACUGGAUGUAAACCAUUGGUUGAAAAAGAAAGAAAUCUACGAAGAUCCACAACCAAAGAUGAAAAGCGAACUAUUACUACUGCUAAUAUAUCUAUGCGGCAACCUGUCAUUUUUAAUAGCUCUGCUUGUAGGCAUUGGAAUGGCUUAAAAUGUGCUUUCUCUUCAGUAGAAAGCUAGAAACUGUUCCUACUGUUUGCUACCUACAUCACGAAAAAGGACACUGUCACAAAGUUUGCUUUCAUCAGUGCCAUUGCUGCUUGAAUAUCCCGACUUCUUCUUUGUAGCAGAAUGCUGUGCAAAAUAUUGUCUGAUGCUGAUUCUAAGAAAACCUGAUUUAAACACAGAUUCAAGGAGAACAACAAAGUGCAAAUCAUACUGGAAAUAUAUAUGCAUAUAUACAUAUGCACAUAUUUUAUAUACAUGAUAGACAUGCAUAAUCCACAGGUCCUAAAUAAGAGUAAGGAAAACUGGUGAAUUUUUGUAAUGAUACAGUAAUUAUUAUCAAUUAUUAUCUUUCUUCCAUCCUGGACAUUUCACAGAUAUAUAAACCUCACUUGACUAGUUUUCAACAGACCUCACAACCUCUGAGGAUGCCUGCCAUAGAUGUGGGCAAAAUGUCAGGAGAGAAUGCUUCUGGAACAUGGCCAUACAGCCCGGAAAACUCACAGUCACCCAUUAUCAUCAAUUGCUUUUUUUAAAAGAAGAGUGCGUGCUUUUGAAAGUGGGGGAUCACUGAUUAGGACAAGAUGGGGAUUCUUUUUGGGGCAGUGUACUUAUGAGUGGGGCUCCUCAACUCUCUAUUGUUCAGAUGUCUCCCUGAACUGGUCUAAAUAGUAAUGUUGUAGUCUCCAAGUCUUGCUCUCUUAGGGGCAGCUAAGGAUUUUAUGUCUUUCAAAAUGACCAUGGGGCUAUCCCAAGUAAUAUCUGUUGACACCCGUGUUGUAGGACACACUCUCGGACUGGUUUUCUGUUCUGGGAAGUAUGACGGUGAUGAUCUGGGUGUGGAGGUACUUUCUGUAGUUCUGUUGUCAUGGACCGGUCCCUCCUUGGUGGGGCUUAGACUUGCUAGGAUUUGGAGCCUCUGCAGAGAUGGGGUGGGGUAACUAAAACAGUAUGCCCCAGGAGAUUUAUGGCAUGUGAUCAUGUUGAAACCCUGGCUGAUCUCUGGAAUAGGGAAAUGCCCAUGGUAGUGGAUACAAUCUCUCCUAAGCAUCCCACAAAGUGGAGCCAAGUGGACUUCCUGUUUUACUAGGGAGCUGGCAGCUGUGAAGUGAGUGGAACAAAGACUAGAGUGACAGCAUAGAAUAGUGUUAUCCCAUAACCUGUCUCAAAUGAUCAGGAGCCUUAUAUACUCUGGCCCACAAGAAAAGAACUGACCUCCCCAGAACCCACUAUUCUGAGCAAUUACUGGCCAGUUUCCAAUCUUUCAUUUUGGGGCAGGGUACUAGCAAGUGGGACUUCAUCUCCAAGGAGCUCCAGAAGCUUCAGGCCUGGUUACAGAUUAGAGACAGCUUUGGUUGCUUUGGUUGAUGUCCUAUGUAGGGAACUGGAUGAGGGAGUUUAUCCCUGCUGAUUUUGCCGGGCCUGUCAGGCUUUAGAUGCCAUUGACCACAGUACCCUUCUGGAUAUGCUCUCUGGGAUGGGAUUUUGGGGGUACUACACAGUGUUUCAAAAUGAUAAACCAAAUUUCAAGAUAAUAGAUGCUUCAAAUCAGCUCAAUCUCUUUGAAAUAUGCUUUAUGGAAUAG